AUGAGUGCCAGGGCGCCCAAGGAGCUGAGGCUGGCUCUGCCGCCGUGUCUCCUCAACAGGACCUUUGCUUCCCCCAACGCCAGCGGCAACUCCAGUGCCCGCGGCCCGGGCGGCGGCGGCAGCACCUGCAUAACGCAGGUGGGACAGCAGCUCUUCCAGUCCUUCUCUUCCACGCUGGUGCUGAUUGUCCUGGUCACCCUCAUCUUCUGCCUCAUCGUGUUGUCGCUCUCCACCUUCCACAUCCACAAGCGUAGGAUGAAGAAGAGGAAGAUGCAGAGGGCUCAGGAGGAAUACGAGCGGGAUCACUGCGGCGGCAGCCGCAGCCGAGGUGGCGGAGGGCUGCCCCAGGCAGGCAGCCAGGCCCCAACCCAUGGAAAAGAAACACGGCUGGAUAGGCAGCCCCGGGACUCUGCCUUCUGUGCCCCCGCCAACGUCUCCUCCUCCUCCUCGUCCCCCGGCAUCCAGUGCCCGGGUCCCUGUCCUCCUCCUCCUCCUCCUCCACAACCAGCCCCCAGCCCACAAGGAGUACAUGCAGCCCCCUCCUGUUUGGACACAGCUGGAGAGGGCCUUUUGCAAACGGUGGUACUGUCCUGAUUGUCUGGCUCCUCUCCUCUCCCCUUUCUCCUUUCUAGCUCUUCUGUUGUCUUUGCUGUUUUUCCCUCCUUCCUCCUUCCUCUCUUCCGUUUCCAUUUUCCUCUGGCCCCUUUUUACUCUUUCUUCUUUCCCGUGAUCCCCCUACCCCCGGUUUCUCCUCCGCCGAGGCACUGUGCGGUAUUUGUAAAUAUUGGGUGAGGAAAGUCUCAGAAGAAGAAAGAACGC